AUGGUGAGAUCAAUCCAAGAAAGAGUCUCCAUGACGUCUCCAUCUUCUUCCUCCUCCACAACCACAAGCGACUCCUCAGACGAAUCUCUAAGCCCAUCCUCCUCCUCAAAAAGCUUCACCCUCACCACUCUCCCUCCCCUCAUCACCACCUCCACAUACAAACCCCUCGCCGUCCUCUCCGCACACGUCGGCUCCGUCUCCUCCUUAGCCCUCUGCGGAGAGUUUCUCCUCAGCGCCUCCCAGGGGAAAGACAUCAUCGUCUGGCAACAGCCGGAUCUCAAGAUCUUCGCGAGGUUCGGACAAGGAGACGGGUCCGUGAAGGCACUGGUCAGCGUGGGGAGCAAAGUCUUCACCGCUCAUCAAGACAGCAGGAUCAGAGUGUGGAAAGUGUCUCGUAGGAGAACCUCAGAGAACGCUUUCCGCCUCGUGGACACGCUCCCGACGACGAAAGAUUACUUAGGGAAGUUCAUGAGACAGAGUAACUACGUUCAGACGAGGAGGAACCAUAAGAGGCUAUGGAUCGAACACGCGGAUAGUAUCUCGUGCCUUGCGGUGCACGCUGGGAUAAUAUACUCGGGGUCUUGGGAUAAGACUCUCAAGGUUUGGAGAUUGUCGGAUUUAAAGUGUCUUGAGUCUAUCAAGGCGCAUGAUGAUGCUAUCAACGGUGUUGUUGCCGGAGAAGGUAGAGUUUACUCGGCUUCUGCUGAUGGGAAGAUCAAGAUUUGGGGGAAAGAGACUUCUCAUUCUUGUUCACAUGUUCUGAAGGCGACUUUGGAGAGACGUGGGGAGGUUUCGGUGAACGCAGUGGUGGUUUCCGGGGACGGGAAGUGGGUAUACGGAGGAGGGUCAGAUGGGUUUGUGAUGGGGUGGGAGAAGAGGGUGGAAGGAGGAGAUGUUGAGGAGUGGGAGUUAGGGUUUGAGAUGAGGGGACAUAAGAUGGCGGUUUUGUGUAUGUGUUUGGUUGGGGAGAUGGUGUGUAGUGGGUCUGCUGAUAAGAGUAUUGGACUGUGGAAAAGUGAAGUGAGUGGUAAGCUUUGUAAGUUUGGAGUCAUAGAAGGGCAUGAAGGUCCGGUGAAAUGUUUGCAAGGUUCUCCUAAUAAUGUGGGUGGCGGAUUCAUGCUUUACAGUGGAGGUCUUGAUAAGAGCAUUAGGGUUUGGUGGGUGCCAAAACAAGAGAAGUUAGAAGAAGAAAAGAAGAGAACAAGUUUUAAGACAUUGUUGAUGCAGCAGGUUUGA